AAAGGUGAGUCCACAGGCCGGCUUGGCGAAGUCAAAACACUUAUUCUGGCCGUUUCAGGUGAGGCCUUCCUUCCUUAUCCAGGUGCUGUACCCGUCCAGUCCCCCUUUAAUUUCCCAUGUUCCUCUGCGUACCCAAGCCCCGCCCCCAGUGUCCCAGCCCCGCCCCGAAGUUUGAGGGGUGUGGAUGGUUUGUGACCCCCUCACCCGAUUCUAUCCCUCGCUGGCUGGGAGAAACGGGUUUGGGUACAGCAGUAGGAACUAAGCAGCCUUUUGGCUCGAGUGGCCCCACGGACCUCUCUCUAGCGCCGCGGGAAUAGGACCGCCCAAACGCGGAGCCUUCGCGUCAGGAAAGGCAGGAUCGGAGACCCCUCCUCACCGUGCCAUCAGGGUCGCUCACAGGUUGAGGAGAGCAAAGGCCUCUGAGGAGGGAAACCUGGGGUCCUACCCGGUCCCUCUCCUCGAAAGUUCCUGUGCCUGUGCCUCUCGUUUUUGCCUCUGUUCGCAGCAGUUUCCUUUUCUGUAGAUCAGGGUUAAUGACAACCUUCUUACCAUCAGGGGUUAGCUGUUGAGUGAUAAUUGGUACUAUUUGUUUACUAAACAAUUCAAAUGUGCCGGGCACUGUUCUAAGUAUUUUGCUUCGAUGAUUUCCCGUCAUCUUCAAAACAACCUUAUGAGUGUGGACCCGGUCAGCAGCCAGGCCAUGGAGCUCUCUGAUGUCACCCUUAUUGAGGGUGUGGGUAAUGAGGUGACUGUGGUGGCUGGUGUGGUGGUGCUCAUUCUAGCUUUGGUCCUAGCUUGGCUCUCUACCUACGUAGCAGACAGCGGUAGCAACCCACUUCUGGGCACUAUUGUGUCAGCUGGCGACACAUCCGUCCUUCACCUGGGGCAUGUGGACCAUCUGGUAGCGGGCCAAGGCACCCCAGAGCCAACUGAGCUCCCCCAUCCAUCAGAGGGUAAUGAUGAGAAGGCUGAAGAGGCUGGCGAAGGUGGGGGAGACCCCACUGGGGAACCUGGAGCUGGGGGUGGUGUUGAGCCCAGCCUUGAGCAUCUGCUUGACAUCCAAGGCCUGCCCAAAAGACAAGCAGGCCCAGGAAACAGCAGUCUGGAGGCACCUGUGAGAUCGGAGGAUAGCACCUGCUUGCCUCCCAGCCCCAGCCUCAUCAGCGUGCGGCUCAAAUUCCUCAAUGACACGGAGGAGCUCGCUGUGGCCAGGCCAGAGGAUACUGUGGGUGCUCUGAAGAGUAAAUACUUCCCUGGACAGGAGAGCCAGAUGAAACUGAUCUACCAGGGCCGCCUGCUGCAGGACCCAGCCCGCACGCUGCGUUCCCUGAACAUUACCGACAACUGUGUGAUUCACUGUCACCGCUCACCCCCGGGGUCAGCUGUUGCAGGCCCCUCAAGCUCCCUGGCCCCCUCCUCGGCCACUGAGCCACCCAACCUCGGCGUCAGUGUGGGCAGCCUCAUGGUGCCUGUGUUUGUGGUGCUGCUGGGUGUGGUCUGGUACUUCCGUAUCAAUUACCGCCAAUUCUUCACAGCACCUGCCACAGUCUCCCUGGUGGGGGUCACUGUCUUCUUCAGCUUCCUAGUAUUUGGGAUGUAUGGACGAUAAGGACCACAGGGAGAAAAUGAAAGGCAUGGUUUUCCUCCUUUAUGGCCUCCCCCCAUUCCUGGCCAGAGCUGGGCCCAAGGGCCUGGGAAGGAGGGGUGGAAAGGAUGUGGUGGGUCCUCCUCCAUAGGACUUAGGAGGCAGGCAUGGGCAUUCCCCUCACGUCCACGAGGGGACAGACAUUCCCUCUGUGCAAGCACAACUCAGGUAGAAACGAGAAUGUCAUCUUCCUUCACUUCUAAGGUCCUGAAAUUCAGAACUGAGCUGGUGGCCCAGCUCAACAGGGAGCCUGGGCUCUGAGGAUUCCCUCCCAGUGGUGGCCCUGGCUCUUUCCAUUAUCCUGCAUGUCCGCUCCUCUGCCCCCAGGGCUGCCUGCCAGGACAGCUCAGCAUGGCCCCAGCAUUUCUGUAGGGACCCUGGAGUCUCUCUGGGUUUCCUAGUGGAACAUCCUUCUUUUGAGUCUAAAAUCAUACAGGCAGGAGUGAAGUUUGUGUCAGCUUUCCCCAUGGGCACCUGGCUGCCUCUACCUUCUCCCUCCACCUCUUAGCAGGAAUAGGGUGUUCUCUGUGUUCUGGACAGUUUCCAGUGUUCUCCCUUUCUUCCAAAGCACUUUGCUUAUAUUAUUAUUAUUUUUUUUUAAUAGUCCUUUAUAGAGCUCAGUCAGGAAGGGGACUGGGGCACAAAGCCAAGCCCCCAGCACCGGGAGAGGCCAGGCCACAGCUGCUGCAAACCUAGGCCUAAGGCUGUAAGCAAGCGGCAGUUCUGGCUGCCAGCCAGUGUCCUACCCUGCCCAGCCCCAAGGACAGCUCUGGGUAGAGAGCACUGGGCCCCAGGCCCUUGCCUCUGGGGCUCUUGGAUGGAGGGUCAGUAUCUGUGACUGAAUAAAGUUCCAUUCUGUGGCU